ACCCGGAAGUGGUUGUCCUGUAGGAAGCGGGCGGCCCUGAGAGGGAGGGACUUGAGACGCUCACGCGCGGACCUCUCAUUCCAUUCCUCUCACCUUGCGGACCGCUGCACCUGUGGGAAAAGUGGGGCUCGGUCCGCGGGGAGCUGCACCAAUGGCUUCCGUGCUGUCCUACGAGAGCCUGGUCCACGCCGUUGCCGGAGCCGUGGGCAGCGUGACAGCAAUGACAGUGUUUUUCCCUUUGGACACAGCUAGACUUCGACUUCAGGUUGAUGAGACAAGAAAAUCCAAAACCACACACAUGGUACUUCUGGAGAUCAUUAAAGAAGAAGGCCUCCUGGCACCAUAUCGAGGGUGGUUUCCAGUUAUCUCCAGUCUCUGCUGCUCCAAUUUUGUCUAUUUUUACACUUUUAAUAGCCUCAAAGCAGUCUGGGUCAAAGGCCAACGUUCUACCACUGGAAAGGACCUGGUAGUUGGAUUUGUGGCAGGAGUGGUGAAUGUGCUGCUAACAACUCCACUCUGGGUGGUAAAUACCAGACUGAAGCUGCAAGGGGCAAAAUUCAGGAAUGAGGACAUUGUACCAACCAACUACAAAGGUAUUAUUGAUGCGUUUCACCAGAUAAUUCGAGAUGAAGGAAUCUUGGCUCUGUGGAACGGUACAUUCCCCUCCUUGCUGUUGGUCUUCAAUCCUGCUAUCCAGUUCAUGUUCUACGAAGGUUUAAAACGGCAGAUUUUAAAGAAACGACUGAAGCUUUCUUCUGCAGACGUGUUCAUCAUUGGUGCAAUAGCCAAAGCAAUUGCCACCACCGUCACCUAUCCCAUGCAGACUGUACAAUCGAUUUUGAGGUUUGGACGUCAUAGGCUAAAUCCAGAGAACAGAACCCUGGGAAGUCUUCGGAAUGUUCUCUAUCUUCUGCACCAACGAGUGAGGCGUUUUGGGAUAAUGGGACUCUACAAAGGUCUGGAAGCCAAACUACUGCAGACAGUCCUCACUGCGGCUCUCAUGUUCCUUGUUUACGAGAAGCUGACAGCUGCUACCUUCACCGUGAUGGGGCUGAAGAACACAGGCAAGCACUGAGAUGCCUUACCUGGAAGAAUAUGCUCAAGAUGGAGGGUUUCCUUCUGAAAGACAGCUGAGUGAAAAGAACGAAUUCUCCUUUUACUCUUGCUCUUUCCAUCAUGAUGUUUACCCCCAUUAGCUUGAGAAACAU